UAACAACUUGAUCCUAUCCAAUGGGGUUGUGUCAAUAUCCUUCAUUUAAAUAUUCAAAGUUCUUGAAGCUGAAGAGAUUAGUUAUGAGACAGUGACUUUGCUCUCUCUCUCUCUCUCUCACACUAUCAAAAGCGAAUCUACUUUUCCUUUUUUUCUUUUCUUUUCUUUUCUUUACUAGAGCUUCAUGUGAGCUGUAACUUAGCUAAAUCCAUUGCUUGUCACCACUUUAUGCUCUGAAACUUCUCAGCUUUCUUUGUCUACGAUAAGUCUAUUCUUCUCUUUAAUUAUUUUUUCUUCUCUUGACUUGAGUAGGAAUAAGCAUUUUAUCCUAGGCUUCUCUUUCCUUAAAGAACCUGUGACUUGCUUCUGCUAACAUUUAGAUUUGAUGCUCUGUUGAUUUGUUUCUCUUUCCCCACUGUAUAAAAUCUACAAAACUGGUUUUAACUUCCCUUGUCAAGAAGUUUUUACAAAGUAGCAAACCUGAGUUUAAAGUUUCUUUCUGAGGAUUGAAAUGGGUGGAGAGAGUAAUAAUGAAGGUGAGAUGGGGUUAAACCAUGGACAUGAUCCCUCGAUGCCCUUGUAUGCAAAGGCAGAUCCUUACUUCUCUUCUUCAGAUUGGGAUCCAGUUGUUAAUGGUGGUGGCUUCUCAAGCUCCCCUUACCCUUCAGUGGUGAUGGACAAUCCAGGGAUGAGUUGCUUCACUCAUUACCAAUCUGGUUCUGGUUAUCCGGACAUGCCUGCAAGUCUUCUUCCUUUUGGUGAUUGUGGAGGUGGUCAAUUUCUUGGUUCAGAAAAGAAUGGGGAAAGUGUUGGAAGGUUGAUGAGAGCUGGAGAGUCUCAUGAUCAGGUUUCAGAUGAUGGUGUUUCCCCAACGAGAAAAAGAAGGCAAGCUGAAGCUGAAUCACAACGGAACAAGAAAGCUGUGGAGGCAUAUCAAGAAGACACUCAAAGGGGAAGUGAUCAGAGCCAAAAGAAGCACAAAGAUGGUCAGAGUAAAGAGACAAUGAACAAGGAGAGCUCUCAGAGUGAAGAAGCACCAAAAGAAAACUACAUUCAUAUGAGGGCAAGAAGAGGUCAAGCCACUAAUAGUCACAGUCUUGCAGAAAGGGUUAGAAGAGAAAAGAUCAGUGAAAGGAUGAGACUGCUUCAAGAGCUUGUCCCAGGAUGCAACAAGAUCACUGGGAAAGCGGUUAUGCUUGAUGAGAUCAUCAACUAUGUUCAGUCAUUGCAACAACAAGUUGAGUUCUUAUCUAUGAAACUGGCAACGGUGAAUCCAGAAGUCAACAUUGAUAUAGACAGGAUUCUCCCUAAAGAUCUUCUGCAAUCAAGAGACAGAAACACUCCUACACUUGGGCUGAAUCCAUUCACUAGUUUCCAAGGGAACAUUUCUACCACUACAAAUCCACAAUACAACCCAUUACCUCAGACAACACUUGAGAGUGAACUACAAAGCCUCUACCAAAUGGGGUUUGUCACAAAUCCAUCAACUAUGUCUAGCUUCUCACCUAAUAAUGGUCGAUUGAAACCAGAGCUCUAGUACUUCAUGGAAAAUUUGAAGAGAGCUUGUAUAGAAGAUGGCUUUGGUUCUAAGUAUUAUAUAAUGUUUUUCCAUCAUUCAAUGUUAUUAUUUUUCUUAAAGACCAACGGUUUGAGUUCUCAGUUGUUGUUUUUUUUUACCUCAACGAAGAAUGCAUUUAUUAAAUA